UUCGGUUUAAGUCCGAUGUCCUUCAAUUUAAUCAGAUGUCAGAACUACUUAAUCAAAAAUCAUCAAUACAGGGAAAAAUUCCUUCAGGAUACCUUAAUGCUAUUUUUGAUUUAACUGGAGCCUGGUUGAAUGAUGCUUCUGAUGCCAAGUAUCUAGCCUUUGAUGGUUAUUUCAUCUCACUUUACUAUUUGCACCUUACUGCAUCAACUUUAGUACUUCAUGACCAUGUAAAGAAGGCUGUUCCUUCUCACUGGAAUCCAGCAUCAUUGUCUAGAUUUAUCCUAACUUAUGGAACACACAUUAUUGUGGGAAUGGCUGUUGGAGGCCAGGAUUUACUUUGUGUUAAACAGAGACCGACUUCUUCAAUUCCUCCAGCUGAACUCAAGGGAUAUUUGGAGGAUCUUGGAGACUGUCUUUUCUCUGAUACUAGCAGUCCUAUUCCGGACAGGAAAGUGAUUGAUAACAAAAAAAAGGUUCCCGAAGUAUUUAAUCGUAUGUUACGGGAACAUACCAUGCAAUUUACCAGCAUUACUGAAACAUCAAGCAAGGAUGGACUUACACUUAUUUGGUCUAAAAGAGGAGGUGAUGUCUUUGCACAAAGCCACUCCAGGUGGCUUCAGACGAUGGCUGCUAAUCCAGAAGCUGUACUCUUCAAGUUUGUACCUAUUACUUCUCUGCUUAAUGGGAUUCCAGGGAGUGGCUAUCUUAGUCAUGCAAUAAACUUGUACCUCCGAUACAAGCCAGCUUUAGAAGAUCUACAGUAUUUUUUGGAGUUUCAAGUUCCUCGUCAGUGGGCACCUUUGUUCUGUGAGUUGCCUCUUAGACAUCAAGGAAGGAAGGCUGCUGUUCCUUCAUUGCAGUUCAGUUUCUUCAGUCCAAAGAUUUAUGUCAGCUCCACCCAGGUUACAAGUGAUCAAAAACCCAUUAUUGGCCUCCGCUUGUAUUUGGAAGGAAAGAAAAGCAACCAGUUGGCAGUUCAUGUUCAGCAUCUUUCAAGUCUUCCAAACAUAAUGACAUUCACCUCAGGCAACGAAAAUAUGUUCAGGCCACAGUGGCGAGGUUCUGAUGAUUAUGAUUUUAGCGAACAGUACUUAGAACCAGUCCGAUGGAAGAGAUAUUCAAAUGUAUGCUCAUCCGUAGUAAAGCACGAUCCCAGCUGGGUUGUAGGAGAAUCAGCUGGUGUUUUUAUUGUGACUGGUGCACAGCUAGUUACCAAGGGUAAAUGGCCAAGGAAAGUUCUUCAUCUCCGCUUGCUUUAUACACACCUCCCUAACUGCACCAUAUGGAAGACAGAGUGGGCAUCAGCACCUGAAGCGUCUCGCAAGUCAAGUUUCCUUACGAAUUUGAGCACGACUUUCACAUUCACCCAACGGGCAGUAAUGGACGCCCCGAAGCAACUUCCAGCGACCUUGAACUCCGGUGUGUAUCCCGAUGGCCCACCUGUGCCCAUUAGGUCUACGAAGCUACUAAAAUACGUAGAUACUACUGAGGUUGCACGAGGUCCAUAUGACACCCCAGGACAUUGGUUGGUUACAGCAGCUAAGUUGGUGGCUGAAGGUGGUAAAAUUGGCUUGCAAGUGAAAUUUGCAUUAUUAGAUUAUUCACAAAAAUGAUAAUGUUAUGUUGUAAAUAUUGAGUGGAAUUUAGGUUAUUAUUAAUAUGAUUUUGCUUUCUAUAUUAUUCUUUUUACCUAUAAAUGUUUUUCGCGGAGAAAUGGAGAUUGACAUCUUGUACAGAAACAAAAUUACUGAAUUUCGUGGUUGAUGAACAUGUACGUUUUAUCGUUUA